AUGAAUCCUUCAAAAGUUUUAUAGAUUUAAGUAAUAUAAUUGUAUUAUGUUUAUUGUAAGAGAUUAUAAUCAAGAAGGGGUUAAUUUUAAAGUAAUGAUAGAUUAUUUUUUGUAAGAAUAGGCUUUCAAUAUAGGAAUGUAAGAAUAAUUCCUAGAAUUAGUAGUAAAACUGUAAUGAAAUCAAAAAAAUUAGAUUUAGGAGAUAACAAAGAAGAUUAUAUAAUUUUAUGCACUAAAACAGAAUUGGAGUUUAUUGAAAAUUUAGAAAAUAUAAACCUUUUGUAUUUAUUUGUUUAUUUUAGAAUUCAAGAGCUUCUUGAAAGAAUCAUUUAUUAUAAAAAAAUAAAGAAACAAGAUUACUUAAAAAUAAAAAUAUGUGUUUGGAUAUCAUAUUAGAUGUUUGUAAUUAAUAUUAUUAAAAUAAACAACUUGAUCAUUAUUUUCUUAAUAAAUUUGAGGUUAGACUUAAUAUAAUAAUUAUAAUUCCAAUCCAACUAAAGAUUUCAAUUUCUUAUUUUAAUAUUAGUAUAUCUAAUAAUAAAUUAAAUAUAAUUUAUGAUUCUCCAAUUAAUGAUUAUUAUGUAACAUUUCCAAUCAUGACAGAUCUAUUCAUAGAUAAUUAUCCUAAACAACCUAAGGUUCCAUUAAGUAAUAAUAAAAGAGCUUCUUUAAAUGUUACAGCUUUAAAUGGUUCUAUUGAAAAGUAAAAUUAAAAUAUAAUUGAAGUGAUAAUUCCAAAAAGUGAAUAAUAUUAUAAAAUAGCUAAACAACUGACUUCUUUAGAGAGUGUACUAAUCAAUACUUAAACAAAUGAGGUAGCAAUAGCAGUAAGAAGAGCUAAACAUAAUCCAAAAAAGUUUAGGUAUGUAAAUUCAUCGUUAUUUUAAUCAAAUAAAAUAGGGGGUUUGGUCAGUAAAAUUAUGCCUAAUAAACAAAAAACGAUUUCUAGUAUUGUUCUCUUUGUAAUUGUUUCUUUUUUAAGGAUGUAGGCUAAUAUAAAAGUUGUCCAUAACGGGUUAGUUUUAAUUAAUACUACUGCCUCUGAUAUAGCAACAAGUUUGAAUGAUAAAAGACAACACAUUAAUCCAAGACUUCCUAUAAAUCCUCUAGCAAUUAGUUUUCUAAUUAUCCUACUUUAACAAGGAUAUGUAUUAUUAGAUAUGAAACUUUAUAACAUUUGAACAACAAUCAAAGCCAAAACAGAUCUCCAGUAUAUAAUUUAUGUAGCUGGUAUUCCUUCAAGAUAUUUUACACUGAAAGAGCUAAAUGCAAAACAUAAACUUGAAAGAAUUGUAUAUACUGAUGGCGUAAUAAGUG